CAUCUCGGACUUGUUGGGGGAUUAUCAUGCAGCUAGCUCUAAUGAGGUCCCUCAAGAUCUGGAGCCUUGUGGCAGCAUUACUGGGCCUAAUGAUGAAAGUGACCUUGGGGACUUUCUUUAUCCAUGUGGACAUCUCACAGACUGAAAGAGAACUGAAACACUUCUGGAAAAGCACAGGAUAUUGUCCUCCUCUACCACACAGUCGGGCAGAUUUGUUUGAUCUCAGUAAAGACCAAAGAAUUAACCUGGCCUACAUUGCUUCUGUGCCACACAAUGGCAUUGAGCAAAUUCGUAUCCACUGGCUGCUGGAACUAAUUCAAGUUGGGGUGACAAAUGGCGCACUUCACUACAAUUUCACCAACCUGGAUAACUUCAUGGAUCUGCUUUGGGAAAAUAAGCUACGUCCAGGUUUCGAAUUGAUGGGAAGUCCUUCAGGAUACUUCACAGACUUUGAAGAUAAAAAACAGGUGAUAGAAUGGAAGAACUUGAUUACGCAGUUGGCCAAGAGAUAUGUAGAGCGGUACGGAUCGAAACACGUUUCUACGUGGAAUUUUGAGACUUGGAAUGAGCCCGAUCACCAUGACUUUGACAAUGUAUCAAUGACAGCUAAUGGGUUUCUCAACUACUAUGAUGCUUGCUCUGAAGGAUUAAGACAAGUCAGUUCUGAGCUGAAACUGGGAGGUCCUGGAGACUCUUUCCAUCCGUUCCCAAAGUCCCCGAUGUGCUGGAGCCUCCUCAGUCACUGCUACAAUGGAACCAAUUUCUUCACUGGAGAGACAGGUGUCCGGCUGGACUACAUUGCCAUGCAUAAGAAGGGAGCUGGGAGUUCACUUCACAUCUUGGAACAGGAAACCGAGGCCGUGGGACAGAUCCAGAAGCUCUUCCCCAGGUUCGCCAAUGUGCCCAUAUACAACGACGAGGCAGAUCCACUGGUGGGAUGGUCGGUGCCGCAGCCAUGGAGAGCUGACGUCACCUACGCGGCUAUGGUGGCAAAGGUGAUUGCCCAGCACCAAAAUCUACUGAUUGCUCAAGCCAACAACACCAUCAACUACACCUUGCUGAGCAACGACAAUGCGUUCAUAAGCUACCAUCCCCAUUUCUUCACCCAAAGGACGCUGACGGCACGCUUUCAGAUGAACAACACGAAGCCCCCACACGUCCAGAUGGUGAGGAAGCCAGUGCUCACGGUGAUGGGCUUGCUGGCUCUCCUAGGGGAUGAGCAAGUCUCUGCCUGCGUCUACAGCCAUGGAUUAGAAGACCCUGAUACUCUUGGGGUACUAGCCAGUCUGCACAAGCCUGUCGAGGUACAGUUUACAGACAGCUGGCAGGCCUCCAUUUUGAUCUAUUCCAGCCUUGAUAACGAGACAUCUUCAAAUGUCAGUGCCGUGACAAUAAAUGUAACCAGCUACCCCAAACAUGAAGAACUUGUGUAUGUCACGUACUAUUUGGAUAACUACCUGACCAAUCCAUAUUUGCAGUGGAAGAAGCUGGGAGCGCCAGAUUUUCCUUCUCUGACACAACUGGAACAGAUAAGGGACGCUGAGGACCCAGUGAUGAAAGGGCCAUUUCCACUUCCUGCACAAGGCCGUUUGAUGCUGAAACAAGAGCUCCCUGUCCCAGCCGUCUUCCUCAUCCAUAUCUGUGCAAAGCCUCUCUCUGCUCCCAAUCAGGUGAACGGCAUCCGUCUCGUAGGCCUCACAAAGGGACAAGUUCUGGUAUUAUGGGAUGACAGCUGUGUGGGUUCGAAGUGUCUGAAAAAGUUUGAAGUUGCGUUUUCGCAGGAUGGGAAAGCAUACCACCCGAUCAGCGUCAAAGACAGUAUAUUUACAAUGUUGGUCUACAGUCCAGGAACGACAGUCACAGGAUUUUAUAAGGUGCGUGCUGUGGAUUACUGGGACAGGACAGGCCUGUUUUCUCUGCCAGUGUACUACAAUGAAGCAUUCUAAGAAGGAGCAAGAAGAUACAGAAUUUAAGCCUGCAGUUUGCAGAUGAACAUCUUGUAAUAAUCAAGUUACUGCCCUUUAAGCAGUGAUUCUCUUACUCUUUGACAAACUACCUCUCCCCUGACCCUGUAUCCUUCUAAACUUUCUUUUCUAAGUUCCCUCAACCCACCCAUUCAUCUCACCAGUAAUAUGUGGAGAUUCUUGCAGAUGACGUCUCCAAAUCCCCCUCCUCCAAGCACAAGCUUCUGCUGAGCUCUUUUCUUUCUAGAUCAGCAUGACAUGAUGGCAGGGCCAGACCUACCAUUAUGUAGAGUGUAAUGGUCGCUCAGGCAGCAGGAUUUGGGUACCAUUAAAGGGCAGCUGAUUUGUUCUUUAUUUAAUUUAUUACUGCCUUUUUGCUCUGAGAAUGUGGGCACAGGUGCACCAUUUAGGUUUUCCAGUUCAGGUGUCGAAAUACCAUUCUGGGCUGGUCCUGGAUGAUAGAGUUAUUCCCAUAGAUCCAGUGUGGAUCAGUGAGGUCCUCUCAGGAAGCGUUCAGCCUAUCCAAAUCUUGGCUUGGAAAAGGGAGGUGGGAAAACUCCUCCUGCCUCAGGAUCCAUUCUUUUCCUGGAAUUUCACACACACACACACC